AAAAGUUUAGCCCCAGUUUAGCCCCAGAACCAAGGACCGUGCGCAAAUACCACAUACCGCGUACAGUACAUUGCAAAGGCUGUUGCAAACGCAAAGCCCGCCCAUAUCAGUUAUGUCUUACAUGUGUACAAACCAUUUCGCUUAGGUGCUGAUGCGCUUUAGCAGAUGCAGCGGUGCGUUGCGGCCACUGCCGCGUACGCGACGCAUAUCCUUGCAAGCGAUUAGUCGACGAACCCUAACAAUCGGCGGUCUCAUUACUCCUUUAUGCAACAUACCAACAAAUGUAGCCAGCAGCGCUGCAGCCGAACAAGGAAACGAGAAGCUUAACCCUAGUAGCGAGCUCACGCUCUCGCUCCCGUUCUCAUAUCAACCAUACACGGGAGAUACCAACGAUGGCAAGCUUACCACCGCAACUGUCCCCAUUGCCAUCCGUGGCGCAAGAGAUGAUAAGGCAGGCGCACAGCCCGUUGUUAUCUUCAGCCCCGGCUUCCUGUGGCCCGCUGCCUCCUACACAGCCAUCGUAGAGGGGCUGCUUGCCGAGGGGUUCAUCGUGGUGACGUACGACAAGCCCUUCGAGCGGCUGUCAGCCCUGGUAGACGACGUAGACAGCGCCCGGCUGCUGCGAAGGGUGCAGCAGGCGGUGCUGACGCGGUUGGGCGGCGGGGCAGCAGCCAGGCCUUGCUUCCUAGUGGGGCAUUCCCGCGGGGCCAAGAUCAGCAUACUUGCAGCCGCCAUGCCGGCAACAAGCCAGGACUCCCACGCCCUGCCGGGGCAGCCGGCCUGCCUCCCUGGCUUGCUGGGACUGGUGCUGCUGGACCCUGCGGAUGGCGCCUUCGAGCCGCAGGACCCGGCGCACUUCCCCUCGGCCCUGGCUGCCCUGCAGGCGCACCCCUGCCUCGCCCGGCUGCCCGUGCUGCUGCUGGGAGCUGGGCGGGGAGGGGACUGCGUGACCCGGG